AAAAAAAAUAAAACUGAGAUACAAACAUCUAGGUUACGACAAGAGUCAAAUCUGUGUCUUUUAGAAUUAUACUGUGACCAUACCUAAAUUCAUGUGUCAAAAGUUGAAUCCACUAUUUAAUAUUUCUCGGAAAAUACAUGUCUUUUUUAAAAGGAAUUCUGACUAAUAAUCUAAUACAUCGUUUUUCAGUGAAUAGGUCAAAACUCACCAAACAUGUGAAAUCAGUGACUAUCAAUAAUCAAAGUCAAUCCUUCACUCAUCACCGACCUAAUAAAAAAUUGAAACACUUGUUGUGGUUUGCUGGUGGUUAUUUAGUUUACAAAUUCUAUAAAGAUAAACUCGCUAUAAUACCGUCUGUAACAGCUGCCUCCAUUUUCAGUGGAAAUAUAUUGGCCGGUAGAAGAGAGAAAUUCAAUUUCAUUGCUGAUGUAGUUGAAACAUCAGCCCCUACGGUAGUAUAUAUUGAAAUAAAGGACUCUAGGAGAGUUGAUUUCUUCACAGGUCGACCGUCUACCAUAUCUAAUGGUUCAGGGUUCAUUGUCGAUGAAAAUGGUCUCAUUCUCACUAAUGCUCACGUAGUAACAAAUAAACCCCACUCUAAAGUGGAGGUGAAGCUUUUUGAUGGGUCAGUUUACGAUGGGGUAGUAGAAGACAUAGACAUGAAGAGUGAUUUAGCUACUGUGAGGAUCUCAGCAAAAAACUUGCCAGUAAUGAAAUUAGGAAAUUCGUCCAAUUUGAAGCCUGGUGAAUUCGUUGUAGCAAUUGGAAGCCCUUUGUCGUUGAGCAAUACCGUAACUAGUGGAGUUGUUAGCUCCACCCACAGGGGAUCAGAUGAAUUAGGUCUAACAGGCAAAGACAUGGUUUACAUCCAGACAGAUGCUGCAAUUACUUUCGGUAAUUCUGGAGGUCCUCUGGUGAACUUGGAUGGGGAAGCUAUUGGAGUGAACAGCAUGAAAGUCACCGCAGGCAUAUCUUUCGCUAUUCCCAUUGAUUAUGCUAAAUCGUUCCUAAAAGCAGCAAGUGGUUCCAAAAAAACUCCAUCUGACAUCCCUAAGAGGCUGUACAUGGGUAUCACGAUGCUCACACUCACACCUCAAAUCAUCCACGAGCUCCAACAAAGAAGUCAUGAAAUUCCCAGGGACAUUGAAGGAGGAGUGCUGGUAUGGAAGGUUAUUUUUGGAUCACCAGCACACAAUGGUGGACUGAUGCCAGGUGACAUAGUUACACACAUCGAUGGAAAAACAAUAAGACACGCAAGAGACGUUUAUGGAAUGUUAACCAAUAUCAAAUCUAGAAGUUUAAAAUUGUCUGUUAAUAGAUUUGGGAAAAAGGUGGAUGUUUUUGUUACACCAGAAGAUUCUAGUUGAUCCGAAACAUUUAUUUAUUAUUAUUGAUAUAUUUUGUAAGAAUAAAUUGAAUAUAUUAUUGUU